AUGAUGGUGACUCGGUCCUGGACUGCGGCCUCCGUCGCCGCACGUUCCCGCAGGCUUCGCCUGCCAGGGAAGUCGGGUCGUCCUGCGUCUCCAGCUGAUCUCCUCUCUCCCUCUGCUCUCUCUGGCUACUCGCCUCCGUCUCCGUCUCCGUCUGGCGUCCUCGCGUCUCCGUCUCCUGCCGCUCCGUCCCUCUCUACCUUGUCUCUGUCUCGCCGACUUGCUUCUUCUCCCUCGUCUCCCCUCGUUUCUGCUUCGGCCGCGUCUGUCUCCUCCGUCACUUUUUCCCGCAGUCUGUUCCACUCUCUUGCUUCCCGUCGCACUUCCCCAGCGUUCGUGAAUUCCCUUGCUCUUUCCACUCGAUGCCUCACCUGCUCUGCUGACUCUCGCCCCGCCUUCGGGCCCGCGUCGUCGGCUGGUCUGUCUCCGCUUUCUCGCCUCCCCGCGUCUCCCUCGUCGGCCUCUCCUCUGCUGCGCUUCUCGCGCGCACACUUCUCCUCGGCCUCGAACGAAACCUCCGGGCGUGCCUCUUCGUCCGGCUCCUCCUACCGCUCUGCGCAUCAGUCCUCGUCUCGCGCUCACCGGUCUUCUCAGCACAGACGGACUUCUGCAUCAGGCUCCUCCUCCAGCUUUAUCAAGUCGGUGCUGGCACAAGUGAAGGAAGACAUGGAGAAGAACCAGGAUCUGAAGAAGGCGAUGGAGGACUUGAAGGCUUCUUCCUUGUCGCAAAAGAGCGAGAAGCUGAGCAGCCGCAUGCAGGAAGCGGCGGCGGCAGCGACCUCGAUCGCUAGCCAGGUGGCGAGUCAAACACAGAGCCUCCUGGGAGGCGCGGCGGACCAGGCGAACCGCGUGCACCAGCUUCUCAAGGAAAAGGCCUUCACGCCCGUUCAACAAGCGACGGAGAAGAACGAAACGCUAAAGGGCGUUGCGAGCAUGAUGGGGCGCGCGGGCCGAGGUCUGAAGCAUGCGUUUUCGAAGGUGGCGAACGCAACGGAGAUCUUUCGAGACGACGUGGACGACGCCGAGAAGAAAGCUGCCAAGUGGAGACAAGACAUGGCCGUGAAACGGUACAAAGAGCAAGAGGAACGCAGGCGCGAACAGGAAAACGCACAGCGACAAACAGCAGAGAAUGCGGGCGCUGGCGGGGAAGACGCAGGCCAAGGCGGAGCCGGAACCGCCGGAGCAGACGGGCGUCCGGGAGAGGAGAGACCGACGCCUGAGGAACAAAGAGAAGACGCACUCGUUCUCUCACAGAGAACCACGUGGGACCGAUUUUCUUCCCGGUUCAAGGAAAUGUCGUUCCUGCAAAACUUCUUCGAGAACCCCCUCGUUGCUCAACUUUUUGGAGAGACAGAAAUUGCCGCCUCCAUCCGCGAAAUGAAGAUUCUCGACCCCAAAUUCAAGUUGGGCGAUUUGCACAACAUGAUGGAGCGGGUCGUGGCGGGUCACAUUGUGCAAGCGUUCCUUCUCGGCGACGAGGGAACCCUGGCGGUUCACUGCGCGGAAGGAGCCUUCGCUGCUUUGCGUGCGUCUAUCAUUGAGCGCCGCGCCCAAAAGGUUCGCUUGGACAGCGAAAUCCUUCAACUUGGAAAUGUUGAACUUGUCGGCGCGCGUCGCAGCAUAACGCCGCCGAUUUGCGCGACCGCGAACUUCUCUGCAGAUGAGUGUCCGUGGUUUGUCUACACGUUCACCUGUCAACAAGUGAACUGCUUGCGAUCGGAAGUCGACGGGCGUGUUGUGGAAGGCCGCGAAGAUGACAUUCGAAGAGUUGUCUACUCCGUCGCUGUCUCCAAACACCCCCACCCUGAGACCGAGGGACUGCUCUACCCCUGGAUGAUUCGAGAGAUUGCUAUCAUCGGCAGCGAGGCAGUGUGGUGA